GGAAGAUCUCACGUGUGGCUACCCAGUUGUAGGUUAAACAACGAACCAUGGUGGACGUUAAAUUCCUGUGUGGCAUAUUGGCCACCUUGUACAUGGUAAACAGCGUUACUGGAAAACCUCCGAAUAUUGUCUUCAUACUGACAGAUGACCAAGACUCGGAGAUCGGUGGAAUGACGCCCAUGGUGAAAACGAAAAAGCUCAUUGCAAAUGAAGGAAUGACAUUCGACAAUAUGUUUGUAGCAACCCCGGUGUGCUGUCCGAGCAGAUCAAGUAUUUUCACAGGGAAGUAUUUGCAUAAUCACCUGGCAAUAAACAACAGCGUGGCGGGAAACUGCAGCAGCCCCGACUUCCAGAAAACACAGGAAAUCAACGCAUUCCCCGUCUUCAUGAAGCAGCAAGGGUACUCAACUUUCUUCGCUGGAAAGUACCUCAAUCUGUAUGGUGAGGAUACUACGGGUGGAGUGCAGCACGUACCCCCAGGAUGGGACUCGUGGGUCGGCCUGGUUGGCAACUCAGUCUAUUACAACUACAAUCUGUCAAUCAACGGAACUAGAGAGACUCACGGUUCCAAUUACACCGAGGACUACCUAACAGAUGUGAUCCAUAGACGCGGUAUGGAGUUUCUGAGCUACCAGAAUGCCGACACCCCCUUCUUCAUGAUGCUGUCCACCCCAGCAUGUCACGAGCCCUGGACAUCCGCACCUCAGUACGAGGAUCACUUCUCGGACAUUGUUGCACAGAGAACGGGAUCCUACAAUGUUCAUGGCAAGGACAAGCACUGGAUUAUUGAUCAAGCUAUAACACCAAUCCCUAACGAUACUGCCACGUAUAUUGAUGGCAUAUAUAGAAACAGGUGGCGUACCCUGAUGUCCGUUGAAGAUAUGGUGGAAGAUGUUGUCAGCACGUUGUUGAAGAAGUUUGGCCUUGACAACACAUACAUAUUUUACUCCUCAGAUAACGGAUACCACAUAGGUCAGUUUUCAUUGCCGAUGGACAAGCGGAACCUUUAUGAGUUUGAUGUUCGAGUACCACUGUUAGUUCGGGGUCCUGGGAUACGCCCCCGUUCAGUCAACAAGGAAAAUGUAUUAAACAUCGACUUUGCCGCGACCUUCAUGGACCUGGCCGGAGCGACGAUCCCCGAUUACAUCGACGGCAGGUCCAUUGUGCCACUGCUUCAUGACAACGCCAAGUUGCCGUUCAGGCAGCAUUUCCUCACAGAGUACCACGGGGAAUCGGCUCGAAUCAACCCGGGAUGUGACCAGUUAGACAAUCAAGGAAUAGCGUGGUGCCACACCUACGCCCACUGUCAGUGCGAGGAUGCUUGGAAUAACACCUAUACCUGCAUCAGAUACAGCGACGGACAACAACAUUACAAAUACUGUGAAAUUGCCGACAACGACAACUUUGUUGAGAUGUACGAUCUCGAGAGUGACCCAUACGAGUUCAUGAACAUUGCCAAGACUGCCGACCCUGACCUUGUCAACCAGCUCAAGACAAAUCUCGCGCAACUCUCGCAAUGUGUCGGGGCAUCGUGUCACGGGAAUACAGAGCUAUAUGGAUCUAAUUUACUUUCUUAAUUUUUAAGUCGAAUUAAAACAGUCAUUAAAA